AUGGAACCAUCUAGACGUAACUUCAUCCUAUUCCGUGAUUGGGCUCUCUUCAUCUUCUCACAUUUGCUAACAAUUGCAAUCUAUGCAGUUGCUUUGAAAUGGCUCAACUCUUUGCUCCCUGGACUUUUCACACCAAGUUGGUGGAUUAUCCGAUUGGUUAUAGCGCACUUCUCCUAUCUCAUAUAUUCGCAUUUCCAACGAUCUUUAACUUUACCACCAGGACCUCCACCAAUGAUUAUAUUUGGAAAUUCACCAUGUGUUAGUGUAGUGACACCAGAAGUCACAUUUUUGGAAUAUCGAGAAUUAUACGGACCUGUUUUCACACUUCACCUUGGAAGUGAGUUUUUGAAUUUUUUAAAUUUAUAGAAGAGUGUACUUGAAAUUAUCCUUCUCUUCAGAGCCAACAGUUGUACUUGCUAGUCAUGAAACAAUUCAUCAAGGAUUAAUUACCGAAGGUAUAUUUAUUAUGAUUUAUAUCCAUCCUAUAAUUUCGAAAAUGAAAUUCAGGUCCUCAUACAGCUGGAAGAUCAAGCAACGAAUCGUUUACCUUGUUCACUAAUGAUCGUGAGAACGGAGACGGUAUUAUUCUUGCAAUGCGCCAGAAGUGGAGAGAUAUGAGAAGUGAAAUAACACGUUUCAUGGGGUAUUUGUUGAAUUUCUGUUUCGAAAUAUACCAGUUCUAUUUUUUCAGAGGCUUAUAUGGUGAUAGAAUUGAUGAAAUCAUUAGAUAUCACACAAGAUUGUUGGAGACAGAAAUGUUGAAAAUCUCCGAGCAUAAGGUAGAUUUCAUAUGCUUAUUCAAAUUUAAAAAAAAAGUUUUUUUCAGGGACUCAUUGAUUUACGUGAUCCACUAGCUGGCGCUAUUGCUAAUGUUAUUCAACAAAUCACGAUUGGAAAAACAUUCAUGUUUCAAGAUCAAGAAUUCCAAGAUCAACUUCGCGAUAUAAAUGCAGUAGUCAAAGAAAUUAUGACUGGGGAAGUUUUUCUAGUCAACAGAUUUCCAGUUUUGAAAAUGUUGCCGGAAGGGCUUCUCAGAAAAUGGACAAACUACAAAAAAAGUGGAUUCAGACUUCAACAAUGGUUCAGAACUAUUCUUGAAGAUCAUUUAAUAAAUCGUCAUCAAGGAGAUUAUAUGUCUUAUAUGGUUGAAAGAAAGGAAUCCGGAAAAGCUAUGUUCAAGUGAGUGAAUACUGUGGUUUCACCAAUUCAAAAAUGUUUUUCUAGGGAUUUAUCAAUCAUCCUAACAUGCGGAGAUAUUUGGACAGGUGGAAUGGAAACUACAGUAACCACGCUUCGUUGGGGUAUUAUAUAUUUGUUGAAAAAUAUGGAAGUUCAAGAAAAAUGCCACCGAGAAAUUGUUGAAGUUUUUGGAGAAGAGGAACCAGAAAUGAGAAGGAUGUUGGAAACUCCAUAUGUUCGAGCAACAAUCUCAGAAAUUCAAAGACUUGCAAAUGUUUUGCCAUGGGCUAUCCCACAUAAGUGAGUUAUUGAGAUUAGUUAUGCCGUGUAAUUAUACUACUUUUGCAGAACAUUGGCCACUUGUACAAUUGGAGGAUACACAAUUCCAGAAAACACCGAUCUGAUUCCUGGGAUUGGCGCAGUUUUGAAUGACCCUGAAAUUUUUGAAGAUCCCAAAAAAUUCGAUCCAGAAAGGUACCUCAUCAAAGCAAUAUGUAAACAACUCAAAAUUCAAUUUUCCAGGUUCCUCGACAAAUCUGGAAACUACGUGACUUUGGAGAAAUUCCGACCAUUUGGAUUGGGACCAAGAUCCUGUUUGGGGGAGAGAAUUGCCAGAACUGAAUUAUAUAUGAUUUUCUGCACACUUGUUCAGAAUUUCAAGUUUUAUUUGAAUGAGAGUGAGUAAAUUCUUGAAAGAAGAUUUGAGUUCAACAAUUGAAUUUUUUAGAUGACCCAGUUCCCUCGACGGAUCGUGUUAUUGGUGGAAUAACUGCGCCGCCUCAACCAUUUGCAGUAAGACUUGAAUACAGAAAUAUACGCCCUGUAAAAUAA